AUGACGAAUCUAAACAUCUUAUCCUUUUUCCCAAAAAUACAAAAAAUAAAAUACUUUGCUGUCCCCUGCACAGUUUAUUACCGGACUCUCCCUUUUGCAGGCUACACAGCUGGCCGUCUCUCCCGGUUCCAACCACAAAGUUGGACCCAUGGAGAUCGUCUGUCCCAGAGACGGCACUCAGAGUCUCGGCGACAGCAUUCGGCAGUUUCCAAGAGCCUGGAAGACACUUCUGAUGAGAACUCUGCAGAUGUUUCUACAGGGUCUCUGGUGAAAGAUAAGGAUUCAAAGGCCAAAAAGGCAGCCAUAACCCACGAAAUGUACUGGACUGAUGAUCAGAUUAGGGAUGUAGACCCAAACCUCAUUGUCAAGGGUGUCUUUUCUGUCUCCAAGAAGCUCACGCACAACGCCUAUGUUUCUAAUGACAAGGAGCGUGUAAAGGUCUUUGGGUUUUUGGCGAGGAAUAGAGCGUUGGAUGGUGACCACGUGGUUGGAAUAAAGGCACGUAGGAGCAAGAAUGAUGAGAUUAAAAAGGAAGAUGGAUGUAGGAUCAUACAAAUUGUGAGUCGCUCAAGCUCUUUAGAUAGCAUUGUUGUGAGAAUAAAGGUCCAAGAUGCUAAGGAUAGCAAAAACCUUGUGCACGCACAGCCCUUAAGGAGUGUAUUUCCAGGUUUUAUCAUAGACAAACAGAGUAUUGGGAAAGAAUUUUUAAAUGCCAUAGAAACGGCGCGACCGGACGGUUGGAUCUUUGCAGUACUACGGUUUACAAAAUGGAGCAAAGAUGAAAUGAAGGCAAGGGGUAUAAUUACUAAAAUGAUUGGGGAUACUCUGAUACCAAAUAACCAAAUGACUGCUGUAAUGAUAUCCCACAAUCUGGAUUACAACGGAUUUCCUGACAAUAUGUUGAGUGCUUUGCGAGAAUCAAUCGCUCAAGCAGAGGCUAGUAAACACUUAAACAGAACAGACAUGAAAGACUUGUACGUAAUGAGCAUAGAUCCGCAAGAUGCGAAAGAUUUAGACGAUGCUUUAUCCAUAGUACCAAUACAUGGACCAGAUGGAUCCAUAAGUUACGAAAUCGGAGUCCAUAUUGCUGAUGUCACUCAUUACACUAAACCUAACUGUCCUAUCGAUCUAUAUGCACAGAAACGUGCAACAACCGUUUACCUUGAUCAUGGAGUCUUUCCAAUGUUACCUAGAAAACUCAGUGAGGAGUUAUGUUCUCUAUCGCAAGGGUCGGAAAAGCUCUGUUUCUCCGUCAUGGUUAAGAUUGGAGAGAAAGAAAAGGGCGAAAAGAUUGGCAUUGACACAUACAUUACAACUCCCGCAGAGUUUAAACUAACUAGCAUAGUUAAUCGUGCACGUCUGGACUAUAAAAGUGCUAGAGAGAGGAUUUACUCCAUACUCAACACAUGGUCAAAAGAAACAACUGACCUGGUGAACCUAAGCUUUAAGGACUUUGAGGACGCUCUUAUGACCAAAAAACUUACGAAAUUGAAUAGAUCAAUAAUGCGUCUCUAUUUUAUAUCGCAAAAAUGUAGAAGAUAUCGACUUUCAAACCUAGGAGCCAUCUCACUUAACCUUACUGGAUGGACAGAACUUCAGAUUCCAAAGGUAACACCUGGGAAUGAAAAUAUUUUUACUGGAAUCGAUGGUAAGAGUGAACAUUUCAUGAGGGAAAUAAAGGAAGAACAAGAGAGUCAUGAAUUAAUUGAGGAAAUGAUGCUAAUGGCCAACACUCAAGUGGCAAAGUUUUUAGCGAAAAAUCUACAUGUUCACAUGCUGAGAAUUCAUCCGGAUACUGACACAGCUGUCAAGAUGGCCAUUCUUUCCCGCAUUCCUGAUGAUAUCAAAAGAGAUAUUAAGGCAGAUUCUCUCAAAGCAACAAAAAUUCUCCAGGAAUGCGAAAAACACAUGGAAAGUGGAGCCUUUAUGAACCUCUGCUUCUCUGGUUUUAGUGAAUUUAAGGCUGCAUUAUAUAAAGCACAUGGUAAGGAAAGUAGUAUAGGCCAUUGGGGACUCGCAUAUGACCUUUACCUUCACUUCACUUCACCUAUUCGCAGAUAUGCAGACAUUUUGGUACACAGAAUGCUCAAAAGUAUCCUAUUUAAUGAAGAACUUGAAAAUUCGUAUCUCGAACUAGAAAAGGCCUGUGAACAUUGCAAUGUAAAAUCCAAGGCAGCAGAUGAUGCAGAAACCGAUUACAGAGAUAUGGCACUCAAUCAAUACCUUAAAUACAUUCCUAGCCUUGUUCCCAUGUAUUCAGAAUCUAUUUUAUCGGAAAACUCACUCGAGAUGAGUGAUGAAACUUGGGGAUACCUCUACAAGGAUGCACGCAUAUUCUAUAUUUCCACCACCGGAGAAAAGAAACAAGUUAUAGAGGACUUUAACAAAAGAAAGGUUUUCAUAACAUUUUACAUUCCAAUAUUGAAAACCACUCGAACGGUUUCUUGUACCCACCUAAAAGCUACGCCAACCUUUGGAAAAUGCUUAAAACCUUCUGUGACUCAAACAUUUGAAACCAUUAUAAAUGAUAAAGACGCACAUUCGUUGGAGGAAGGAGGAGAAGAAGAAGGUUUAAUACGCCUAGACAAUCUGACAGUCUUGUUCAAUGGCGAUAAAAGGGAUUUUUCCGUUGACCAACGCACAUCACUACUACUUGUACCAGCAACACAAAUGUGGACUGUUAAGCUUGUUUAA